AGUGCAUUAUGGGCAAGCUAUAGAAGUUGCCUAUGUCCCAGGGCGCAUGCACAUGCUUGUUCUUUCUGCUGCUUAGUUUUCUCAUGUAACAAUUUUGUUCUUUUCGUUAUAAACUUUAAGAUUAACAGAUUCUCCUGUUCAGUACUGUUAAGUGAUUUCAUCAUGGUUCACAGUGGGGAUAGCAGAAGUUCUAUUAAGGAUGGAGUUAUUGACUUCACUGCAGGAUCUUUGGGGGGAGUUGCUCUGGUGUAUGUUGGACAACCACUAGACACAAUUAAAGUGAAAAUGCAAACAUUCCCUAAACUUUAUAAAAGUAUGUUUGAUUGUGUUAAACAAACUGUUGUCAAGGAAGGUUUUGUGAAAGGUCUCUAUGCGGGAACUAUUCCAGCCAUUGUUGCUAACGUAGCUGAAAACUCAGUGCUUUUUGCUGGCUAUGGUGUUUGCCAGAAAAUUGUCGCCAAUUCAACAGGAGUUCAGAGUAUUGAAAAACUGAGUGCUACCGCAAACGCUUCUGCAGGCUGCAUGGCAGCUUUCUUCUCCUCCUUUACUCUUUGUCCUACUGAGCUCAUAAAGUGCAAAUUACAAGCAGCUCGAGAGUUAGCUGUAUCCUCUGGCUCCCAACUGGCUAACAUUGAAAAAGUUGGUCCAUUUCGACUAACGCAGCAGGUAAUUGCUGAGAGCGGUGUUAGAGGUCUGUUUAAUGGCUUGGGCUCCACAAUUGCUCGUGAAAUGCCUGGAUACUUUGUCUUUUUUGGUGGCUAUGAGUGGGCCAGAGAAAUGUUCACUAAGCCAGGAGAGACUAAGGAUACUAUAGGACCUCUGCGUACCAUGGCUGCUGGAGGAGUGGGCGGAAUGUCAUUCUGGCUCGUAACAUUCCCCGCUGAUGUUAUUAAAUCUCGCAUACAAGUUUCUAAUCUUACUGGUAAUCUGUACACAGUUGGUCUUGACAUAGUUCAGAAGGAAGGUGUAUCAGCUCUUUACAAUGGACUUCGACCGACUUUACUGAGAACAUUCCCUGCAACUGCAACAUUAUUCCUCACCUAUGAAUAUUCGAAAAAGUUCAUGCAUGAAUUCUUCAGUGACACCUCUUCAGACCUUCUCAAUUCUAUUUAAGUGGGUCCUGGCUCUGAUGAAAAUAUCCCAUGUUUUUUUAUCUUGCUUUGUAAAUUUCAGUUUUUGACACAAGUUUCAUUGCAUUUACUCAUCCUUUUUCUUUCUGACCAAGAUCUCAAUCUUUUGAGAGUAAUUUUGUGAUUGAUUUUUUUUCUCUUUCCCCAGCUAUGAAGCUACUUGUUUACCUAGAGUUCCUAUUAAUAGUCUAUGCUGGCUUGUUCAAAUAAAUAAGUCUUUUGUAAAAGUAAUGUCCAUUGAUUCCAUCAGCCAUAUUUGUAAAGGCUUGUUCAGACAGUUUCCUGCAGAUGUCUCUAUUCAGAUUGUAUGUUCUACUGACUCGUUUCUGUUCAGUACCAAGCUCAAUAACCUACCCUACCUUGAUGUUUCGGACCAUGUUUACUGGUGAGAUGUUAGGCUUGGAGCAUCUCAAUUCUUCUGGUUUAUUGUAGCAAAUGCAUGCUUCAGCUCCCAUGAAUCUCAUAUCAUACAACAUAAUGAAUGUGGAAGAAUAGGUUUACAUUCAUUAAUAUGUUUGAGAAAUACCUCAGAGUUCAAUAGCUUUGCCAAAAUUGUGAUAAUCUGUGUUGCUCUGUAGUAUACCUUUUGAGAAAGUGAACACAGGCCAAUCACUCUCUUUUUCAUGAAUUAUAAAUUUCCUUUCCCAUUGUUUGUUGACCAACAAUUACGUAUUAUAUUAUGUGAUGGUUCCCUUGAAUCAAUUCUUCCCUGCAUAUUUUUAUUCCGUUCUCUUUCAUUGGGUCCAAUACCAUGCUCCUAUCUAUCACUUUAUCAUAUUGUAUUCAAAGAUGGAGUUUGAAGUGCAUCCUUCAAGAUAAAAUCUGUACAAUUUAGUAGCUACUGGUACUCAUUUCCUCUUUUGAUGUGAUGUAUCUCAAGUUAUUGUAUAUUAUGUAUUAGAACAAAAUCAUUUAAUUUUUCUUUAGCAAAGUGUGCCGACAAAAUAAUUUUUUGGUGUCUUUCUAAUAUUUUCUGAUUAUUGUCAUUUUAUUGGCUGUGAUAUGUGAAACAUGUCUUAUCAUAAGUAUGCCAAAUUAUUAAUUUUUAAAUGGACGUUAUACACUUAUUGAAUCAUUUUAUCUACUCUUUCAUCCAAGUUGGAGUGUCAGGGCCACGUCCAAACAUCUGUUUGGAUAUAUCUUCUCAGGAUUAUUAUACAAAUUGUUUUGAGUUUGAAUAUUUAACAUUCUAUGCAUGUGGCUUUGGCUGACAAGUUUAGACUUAUUUUUUGAAAGCUAAAUAUUUAAAAAUCUGAGGAGUAUUGCUCAAGUGUGAGUAUGUUGUUACCUUUCUACAGAUAUUUUUUAUUGUUGUUGAAUUUUAUUGAUUAAGCGGAGUAUACAAUUCACUUGUACCUAUGAUAGUCAUUAGUGACCUGUGUCUUCCAGUCAGUACAAAUGUUAGAUCAGUGUUAUUUGUCUUGUCUUCCAUGUUUGCUCUUAGUGUGUUGAGCACUAUUGUGCUCAGUCAGCCAUUGUAAUGUGUCUGUGCUAUUGUGUAAACUGCUACUUUAAGACAUAUUAAAGAAAGGUAAUCAAUGA